CUCUAUUAUCUCUCCAUGGUGCUUUCUCAUUUUCUGUUCCAUUUUUAUAUCCUCUUGUACUCUUUCUGCAAAACUCAGCUGUAAAUCUAGUGUCACUUGGCUUAUGCGGAGAAUUCUUCUCACACACCAUAAAUAUGCUACUUCUUCUUACACAUCCAACAAGAAACUCCCCUUGAGUUCGUAGACCCCUCCACCCAUUAUCUCAGUUCAUCCCUAGCUCUCUUUCUGCCCAGACAUAUAUUCAAUAAUAAUGUCAAGAAUGGCUGCAGACACUCUCAUUGUUGGAAGGGUGGUUGGGGAUGUUGUUGAUCCUUUCAUUCCAACCAUAAAGAUGUCUGUCACCUACAACAACAAAAGAGUCUGCAAUGGACAUGAGUUCUAUCCUUCCAUAGUUGUAACCAGACCAAGAGUAGAGGUUCAAGGAGGUGAUUUGAGGGAUUUCUUUACUCUGGUGAUGACAGACCCAGAUGUUCCUGGACCUAGUGAUCCUUACCUAAGAGAGCACCUGCACUGGAUAGUAGCAGACAUUCCAGGCACAACAGAUGCAACAUUUGGAAGGGAAGUGGUGAGCUAUGAGAUGCCAAGGCCUAAUAUUGGAAUCCACAGGUUUGUAUUUGUUCUGUUCAAGCAGAAACGUCGACAGAACAUUAACCCACCACCGUCCAGGGAUCACUUCAGUACCCGGGAGUUCGCCGCCGAGAACGAUCUCGGCCUUCCUGUUGCCGUAGCCUACUUCAAUGCACAGAGAGAAACAGCUGCAAGAAGACGCUAACCCUUUUCAUGUUAGUUUUUAAAUUAAUAAUUUACCGAGUUCCUUCGUCUCUGUAAUGCUGUGUUUGUUUGCUAUCUUGUAAGACAAACCUUGUCCAUACUUUGUCGGUUCAACUUGUGAUUACAGAAGGCGAUCAUAUUUUCAAGAGGAAAAUCAUUAGCUUCUCAACUUGUUCUUUGUUUUCUUCAAGCUCAGUGUUUUUGGCCUAAAAUGUUUUCUUUCCAACAAUUUUUUUUUCAAGUACUUGAUACCAUAAGAAUUUAAACCUCUAGAUAUUAAUUUAGCAAAUCUUUUGUUGGCGUUUCAUUGACAAAAUUUGUUAUAAAUAAAUUCGUGUGAUAUCA